AAGAAGGAGGAGAAGAAGGACAAGGGCAAAGACAAGGAUGACGGUGACCGGCCGGUGUAUACCAAGAUGCUCCGCCGCCACCUCUCGUUGGAGACCCUGAGAGUCUACAACUACGACUUCGUUCUUGAUGCUAACCCCGAGUACGUCCUCAUCAAGAGCUGGGUGCCCGAAGAGCAGCAGGACAUCCUGUGGCAGCACACCAGAUACUUGCGUGAGCAACGGUCGCACGGCGGCAGGCUCAUCAUGUCCAUCGACGAGAAGGAGGAGAAGCGCAAGCACCACCACCACAUGCACCACCACCUGAUGCCCGAGCCCGAGUUCGAGUGGGUCCGCAAGAAGGAGAAGAAGGACCGCAAGCGGAGCAAGUCUCCGUCCAUGCUGGUUUGGAUGGCUGGUGGGCGUCCUGCAUAAGUUCGUAGACAGAAAGGCUCGUUUUUCUUUCCUUCGUGACUGGGGAAACGGGAAUGAGGAUCACGGGAUCAACGAUUGCUUGCCACACUGUACCACUUGCUUUUAUCUUGAAAUUCAAAUAUACCACUUUUCCCACUCGCCACAAUUUGAUGAGUUCAAGCAACUCUCCUUAGGACCAAAAUGAUGUAUUGAUUUGAGGGGGUAUUAUCCAGAACCUGUCAACUUUUUCUGUAUAUGGAGCUUGCGGAUCCGAAACGGCCCGCCUUCGUGCCCUCGCGCUCCGUUCGUGAUGAUAAUCAUACAAAUCCCUCGCCACC